UGUCCUAUUCAUUUUGGAUUCUUUAGAUUGAAGGUCUAAGAGACCUUUUCAAAACAGCAGAGAGAGAGAUGUCUAUGAAUUUCAACUGGGAAGAAAAAUUUCAUGAUAAUCAGCUAAAUGGUAAAAGUAAAUGUUGGGGAGGGGCUCAUGAAUGAACAUUAACUGCUUCCAGAAGCCAGGCACCUGGGCAGAGUGGCCUUGGGUUAUGUCUGCUUCUGUCCUCUCAGAAAAUGACAAUUGAGCAGCUUAUCACACAAGACAAAAACAAAUAUUGCCCUUAAAAUGUAAAAGCUCAACUCCUGUGUUCCUCUUGUCUUUCAAGGGAGGGUUAUGUCCCUAAAGUAGCCCCCAGUUCCGUACCGAGGUUAACAGAAGGAGUGGUUCAACUUUGGUGGAAAAAAAACACAACAGGUCACUUCUUGCUCAGGCCUUUGGGCAAAUGCCUCUAAGCCAUGAGGAAGAGUCCCACCCUGGUGGGGAGAGCGCUGCUGGUGAAGGAGAAAACCUGUGUGGGAAGGAGGCACACAAGGGAGUGUCUGAGUAAGCAGAAAAGAAAAAAAAAAAAGGAAGGGACAAUUACCACAGAUCAGCUCCUUGUCUCCUUUGUUUGAGAACAUGACUAACUCAUUACUUCAGUAAAUUUGCAUCCAAACUUAUUGUGUUGUGAUCAAGUCAAGGCUGGAAGGCAGGAGAAUUUCUCUAUGACUAAAGGAAGCCAAAAAAGCAAUCUUCAUAUUUCAUAUCUUUCUAGAAGCUGGAGGUGAUCUCACUAUUUGUAAAGCUUGGCCCAUCCCAACUUGCAAGCUCACCUUCCAGGACUGAGCCCAGCCCAUUCUCACCAUAUAUAAAGUGUGCUGGGAAGCCCUGCUCAGAGUUUCCCUCCUGUCAGCUCCACACCACAGCUCCUCACACUUUCCUCACCUUUUCAUCUUUAGAGAACCAUGUCUAGCAAAUCCACCAUCAUCCGCCGUGGCUUCAGCACCAGCUCGGCCAGAGUCCCUGGAGUAAACCGCUCAGGCUUCAGCAGCGUCUCAGUGUCCCGCUCCAGGGGCGGUGGUGUCCUCGGUGGGGCCUGUGGAGGAGCUGGCUUUGGCAGCAGGAGCCUCUAUGGCCUGGGGGGCUCCAAGAGGAUCUCCAUUGGAGGGGGCAGCUACAUCACAGGGGGUGGAUGUGGCAGCAGAGUUGGAGGUGGCUAUGGCUUUGGAGGAGGAGCCGGGAGCGGAUUUGGUUUUGGCGGUGGAGCUGGUGGUGGCUUUGGGCUUGGUGGUGGAGCUGGCUUUGGUGGUGGCUAUGGGGGCUUCCCUGUCUGCCCACCUGGAGGCAUCCAAGAGGUCACUGUCAACCAGAAUCUCCUCACUCCUCUGAACCUGCAAAUUGACCCCACCAUCCAGCGAGUGAGGACUGAGGAACGGGAACAGAUCAAGACCCUCAACAACAAGUUUGCUUCCUUCAUCGACAAGGUACGGUUCCUGGAGCAGCAGAACAAAGUCCUAGACACCAAGUGGACCCUGCUCCAGGAGCAGGGCACCAAGACCGUGAGGCAGAACCUGGAACCCUUGUUCGAGCAGUACAUCAACAACCUCCGCAGGCAGUUGGACAGCAUCCUUGGGGAGAGAAGCCGCCUGGACUCUGAGCUCAGGGGCAUGCAGGACCUGGUCGAGGACUACAAGAACAAAUAUGAAGAUGAAAUCAACAAGCGCACAGCAGCAGAGAAUGAAUUUGUGACUCUGAAGAAGGAUGUGGAUGCUGCCUACAUGAAUAAGGUUGAACUGCAAGCCAAGGUCGAUAGUCUUACAGAUGAGAUCAAUUUCCUGAAAGUCUUCUAUGAUGCAGAACUGUCUCAGAUGCAAACCCACAUCUCAGACACAUCUGUGGUCCUGUCCAUGGACAACAACCGCAACCUAGACCUGGACAGCAUUAUUGCUGAAGUCAAAGCCCAAUAUGAGGAGAUAGCUCAGAGGAGCCGGGCUGAGGCUGAGUCCUGGUACCAGACCAAGUAUGAAGAGCUGCAGAUCACCGCAGGCAGACAUGGUGACGACCUGCGCACCACCAAGCAGGAGAUUUCUGAGAUCAACCGUGUGAUCCAGAGGCUGAGGUCUGAGAUCGAUCAUGUCAAGAAGCAGUGUGCCAACCUCCAGGCCGCCAUUGCUGAUGCUGAACAGCGUGGGGAGUUGGCCCUCAAGGAUGCCAAGAACAAGCUGGCAGAUCUGGAGGAUGCCUUGCAGAAGGCCAAGCAGGACAUGGCCCGGCUGCUGAAGGAGUACCAGGAGCUGAUGAAUGUCAAGCUUGCCCUGGACGUGGAGAUCGCCACCUACAGAAAGCUGCUGGAAGGAGAGGAAUGCAGGCUGAGUGGGGAAGGCGUUGGACCAGUCAACAUCUCUGUAACGCAGUCUACCAUCUCCGGUGGAUAUGGCAGCUCUGGUGGUGUUGGCAGUGGCUUAGGCCUGGGUGGAGGCAGUGGCUACUCCUACAGCAGUGGCUUCAGUUCCGGGAGUGGCAGAGGCAUUGGAGGUGGCCUCAGCUCUGCUGGGGGCAGCAGUUCCACCAUCAAAUAUACCACCACCUCGUCCUCCAGUAGGAAGAGCUACAAGCACUGA